AUGGUGCGGGUUUUCUAUCGGCGUCUCCAUCGCCAGCUGCAGCUGCUCCUCCUCACGCUCGCCUGGCGGAGGCGCGUGUGGGCCGAGGGCGGCGGCCUCUUUGAGGAUCUGCUCCUGGAUGAAAAGCCAGGCAUCCGCCGUUUGGCCCUCACCGAUGGAGACAAGGGCGCUGUAGUCGGACUUAUCCGUCGGCAGCGGCGCGUGCAGCCCAAGUUCAGCGUGUUGGACAUUGGCGCUGUGGCAAACCCCUGGUCCAUCCACUCUGGGGUGGCAGAUGCCAUCUUCGAUCUCUUCGCCGACCAUUACCCCUCCUGCUUCCUCCCGGACCAGCUUCAAUGGGGUCGAGACUGCUGCAGCUCCAAACACGAUGCUUGCUUCGACGGGCUCUACACGCGGGAGCGCUGCUGCAGGGGCCCUGAGCCUGUCCAGCUGAUGCAGUUCGUGGGGGAUGUCACGGACGAGCAUGGCGGCGGAUGGAAAAACUUGCAGGCCUACGUGGCCGCCUUUGGCAAGUUUGACUUUGUGGUCACGUCCCACGUUCUGGAGGAUCUGCGUGAACCGUCAACGGUCGUUCGGCUGUUGCCGAUGAUCGCAAAGGCUGGAUUUGUGGCGGUGCCUUCGAAGUUCUACGAGCUCACCUACCAGGAUGACACACCAGACCCGGACUCCUUGGGCCUGAGGCGCAAGUAUCGCGGCUGCAUCCACCAUCACUGGAUCUACACGGUGCAGAAUGACACCUUGCUAGCAGUUCCGAAGCUGCCAUACUUGGAGGAAGAUGCCGUGAUGGAUGGCCUGGAGCUUCUUGGCCGGAACGAGAGCCUCAAGGAGAUGGCCCUGGUCUGGACGGGCCGAUUGCCGAUGAAGCUGUUAAACCAGGGCUUCAUGGGCCCCACUGUGGAAGGAAUUGUGCAGAUGGUACGCGACGCUGUUGGGCCAGCAUCGUUCGAUGAUGUUGACAGGGCCCGGCUCUCGACGCAGCAGUUGCCGUAA